CUAAAGGAAGAUGCUUUGUUUUAUGAAGGCAAGUAGCUUUAUUAGCCUUUGUCAUUUUCCACAAGUCCAUUCCAUUCACCACCUUCCCUCACACACUCCCACUUCCACCAAACAAAACUAUGAGUUAAACAAACAACAAACGUGAACAUUACGAUUCUUUUUCUUUCCUUUUUCAGUUUCUCAUCUUCUUCACAUUCUUCCAUUUCCUAGGGUUCUCGCAACCAUGGGAACCGCUUCAAGACAGUUAAAGGUUAUGCUCACAAAAAAUUGGCUCCUCAAAAAACGCCACCCGUUCGUUACUGCUGCUGAGAUUUUGCUACCGGCGAUUGUGUUGUUACUAUUAGCAGCUGUAAGAACACGAGUCGAUACACAAAUUCAUCCAGCUCAAUCGCACAUUCAGAAAGAUAUGUUUGUCGAAGUGGGGAAAGGUAUAUCCCCUAACUUUCAACAAGUUUUGGAAUCCUUACUGGAUAAGAGAGAGUAUUUAGCUUUUGCACCAGACACCAAUGAAACAAGGAUGAUGAUAGACGUCGUGUCGAUCAAAUUUCCGAUUUUGAAGCUUGUUAGUAUUGUAUACAAAGAUGAGUUAGAGUUGGAAACCUACAUCCGAUCAGAUGCUUAUGGUACCUGCAAUGACGUAAGGAAUUGUUCGAAUCCCAAAAUUAAAGGUGCAAUAGUAUUUUACGAACAAGGUCCUCAGUCAUUUGAUUAUAGCAUACGCCUCAAUCAUACAUGGGCUUUCUCUGGUUUUCCGGAUGUCACAACAAUAAUGGAUACAAAUGGCCCUUUUCUUAAUGACUUGGAACUUGGUGUUAGUUCUGUACCAACAAUGCAGUACAGCUUCAGUGGAUUUUUGACACUCCAGCAAAUGGUUGAUUCGUUCAUAAUAUUAAUAGCUCAACAACCUGAGUUAAACUCAAAUGCCAAAACUGUAAAACUUCCUCUUCUAGGACUUAGUGACACUGAUUUCUCGCUAAAAGUUCCAUGGACUCAGUUUAACCCUACUAACAUACGAAUAGCUCCAUUUCCCACUCGAGAGUACACUGAUGACCAGUUCCAGGCAAUAGUGAAGGAAGUCAUGGGAAUAUUGUAUUUAUUGGGGUUUCUCUAUCCAGUUUCUCGCCUGAUAAGUUAUUCCGUGUUUGAGAAGGAACAAAAGAUCAAAGAAGGACUCUACAUGAUGGGCUUAAAAGAUGGCAUAUUUCAUCUCUCUUGGUUUAUCACAUAUGCUUUGCAGUUUGCAAUUUCUUCUGCGAUCAUUACAGCUUGCACCAUGGAUAAUAUAUUCAAGUAUAGUGAUAAGACACUGGUGUUUGCAUACUUCUUCAUUUUUGGGCUUAGUGCAAUCAUGCUGUCAUUUUUUAUAUCAACGUUUUUCAAAAGGGCCAAAACAGCUGUAGCUGUUGGAACUCUGUCAUUUCUUGGUGCCUUUUUACCUUAUUACACUGUCAACGAUGAGGGAGUUUCUAUGAUCUUGAAGGUUCUUGCUUCUCUGCUUUCACCUACGGCAUUUGCUCUGGGUUCUAUCAACUUUGCUGAUUAUGAGCGUGCUCAUGUUGGGCUUCGUUGGAGCAACAUAUGGCGGGAUUCUUCUGGAGUGAACUUCUCCGCAUGUCUUCUGAUGAUGAUACUUGAUACACUGCUCUAUUGUGCAAUUGGACUGUAUUUCGAUAAGGUUCUUCCAAAGGAGUAUGGACUGCGAUAUCCAUGGAACUUUAUUUUCAAAAAGGACUUCUGGAGAAAGAAAAAAGUUGUAAAUAAUUGUUCCUCCGGUUUUAAAGUUAAAACUGCUGGUAAGAGUUCUGAGUCAGAAGGGAAUCUUUUGGGGCAAGACACUUUCAAUCCUGCUAUAGAAGCAAUAAGCUUAGACAUGAAGCAACAGGAGAUUGAUGGCAGGUGCAUUCAAAUUAGGAAUUUGCAUAAAGUGUAUGCUACUAAAAAAGGAGAUUGCUGUGCUGUUAACAAAUUACAGCUGACAUUAUACGAAAAUCAGAUCCUUGCUCUUCUAGGACAUAAUGGAGCUGGGAAAAGCACAACGAUAUCAAUGCUUGUUGGUCUUCAUCCUCCUACUUCUGGGGAUGCUUUGAUUUUUGGAAAGAACAUUGUCUCCGAUAUUGAUGAGAUACGGAAGGUUUUGGGUGUCUGCCCACAACAUGAUAUACUCUUUCCUGAAUUGACGGUGAAAGAACAUUUAGAACUAUUUGCCAUAUUGAAGGGUGCGGAGGAAGACACAUUGGAGAGCGUUAUUAUUAAUAUGGCUGAUGAGGUGGGCCUGGCUGAUAAAAUCAACACCGUCGUGAGAUCUCUUUCUGGUGGCAUGAAGAGGAAAUUGUCUCUUGGAAUUGCGUUGAUUGGAAACAGCAAGGUAGGGCACAUUGACAAAGCUUUAUUUUGUUUUCGUAUGUUUAGCAAAACUGGAAUAUUUAGACUUAUUUGGCAGGUUAUAAUUCUUGAUGAGCCUACAAGUGGAAUGGAUCCAUACUCGAUGCGUUUGACUUGGCAGUUAAUAAAAAAAAUUAAGAAGGGCAGGAUAAUUUUGCUAACAACACAUUCUAUGGAUGAAGCAGAUGAACUAGGUGACCGGAUAGCUAUCAUGGCCAAUGGUUCUCUGAAAUGCUGUGGAAGCUCCCUUUUCUUGAAGCAUCAUUAUGGAGUCGGUUACACUCUAACUCUUGUAAAGUCCGCUCCUACUGCUUCUAUAGCUGGUGAUAUUGUAUACCGAUAUAUUCCGACAGCAACCUGUAUAAGCGAGGUUGGAACUGAGAUUUCCUUCAGACUCCCUAUGGCAUCCUCCUCAACCUUUGAAAGGAUGUUCAGGGAAAUUGAAGGUUGCAUGAAAAAGCCAGUUAUGAGCAUGGAAAUAAGUGGCAGUUGUGAAAAAGACAGUUACGGUAUUGAAAGUUAUGGUAUAUCUGUAACAACCCUGGAGGAGGUAUUCUUGAGAGUUGCUGGAUGUGACUAUGAUGAAGUUGAAUGUUUUGAAGAAAAUAACCGUUCCCUUAUACCAGAAUCUGUGGUUUCUCUUCCUUCUAAUGACCGUCCAUCAACAAAAAUAUGUUAUCAUAAAGUUUUUGGAAAUUAUAAGAAGAUUAUUGGCUUCAUGUCUACUAUGGUUGGGAGUGCCUGUGAUUUAAUUUUUGCUGCAGUUAUUAGUUUCAUCAACUUCAUAGGCCUGCAGUGUUGUUGCUGUUGUCUCAUUACUACGUCAACCUUUUGGCAACAUUCUAAAGCUUUAUUUAUUAAGAGGGCAAUAUCUGCUCGGAGAGAUCACAAAACAAUUAUGUUUCAGCUAAUGAUUCCCGCUAUCUUCUUGUUUAUUGGUCUUCUAUUUAUGGAGCUCAAGCCACACCCUGAUCAGAUUUCACUCACUCUUUCAACUUCUUAUUUUAAUCCUCUAUUGAGUGGUGGGGGCGGGGGUGGUCCAAUUCCGUUUAACCUAUCUUUUCCAAUUGCUGAAAAGGUGGCACAAAAUGUCAAAGGAGGUUGGAUUCAAAGGUGCAACCCAAGCUCAUACAAAUUCCCCAAUUCAGAAAAAGCAUUAGCUGAUGCAGUGGAAGCAGCAGGGCCAACUUUGGGACCUUCUCUACUUUCAAUGAGUGAAUAUUUGAUGUCUAGCUUUAAUGAAUCCUACCAAUCAAGGUAUGGGGCAAUUGUGAUGGAUGAUCAGAACACGGAUGGAAGCUUAGGCUACACUGUAUUACACAACUUUUCUUGUCAACAUGCUGCUCCCACCUUUAUCAAUCUGAUGAAUUCUGCAAUUCUUAGGCUUGCUAGUCAUAACAUGAAUGCAACAAUUCAGACACGCAACCAUCCUCUGCCAAUGACUCAAAGCCAGCACUUACAACGUCAUGAUCUGGAUGCCUUCUCUGCUGCUAUCAUUGUCAAUAUAGCAUUCUCAUUCAUUCCUGCCUCAUUUGCUGUUUCAAUUGUUAAGGAACGUGAAGUGAAAGCUAAGCACCAACAACUAAUCAGCGGGGUUUCGGUCCUUUCAUAUUGGGCCUCUACAUUUAUUUGGGACUUUGUCAGCUUCUUGUUUCCGGCCUCUUUCGCCAUAGUUCUCUUUUACAUCUUUGGUUUGGAUCAGUUUGUUGGAGGAGUUUCUUUGUUACCCACGAUCAUCAUGCUUUUGGAAUAUGGACUUGCAAUUGCAUCGUCGACUUAUUGCCUUACAUUUUUCUUUUUUGACCAUACCAUGGCUCAGAACGUGGUUCUUCUGGUUCACUUUUUUUCUGGAUUGAUACUGAUGGUUAUCUCAUUCAUUAUGGGACUCAUCCCAUCCACAAUAAGUGCCAAUUCUUUUCUUAAGAACUUUUUCAGAAUAUCUCCUGGAUUUUGCUUUGCUGACGGACUUGCUUCAUUAGCUCUUCUGCGGCAAGGAAUGAAAGAUAAAACAAGUGAUGGAGUAUUUGACUGGAAUGUUACGGGUGCCUCCAUUUGUUAUCUUGCUGUUGAGAGCGUUAUUUAUUUUUUAUUGACACUCGGGCUUGAAAUUUUUCCUUCCCUCAAAUUGACUCCAUUCACAAUCAAGAAGUGGUGGCGGAAAAUUAAUAUUUUCCCACGUAAUACUACUUAUCUGGAACCCUUAUUAGAACCUUCUCCAGAAACUAUUUUUACGGACCUCAACGAAGACGUUGAUGUGAAAACAGAAAGAAGUAGAGUACUCUCAGGUUCCAUUGGCAAUGCCAUUAUCUACUUGCGCAAUCUUCGCAAGGUGUAUUCUGAAGAGAAGAAACAUGGGAAAAAGGUUGCAGUAGAUUCAUUAACCUUCUCAGUUCAGGAAGGAGAAUGCUUUGGCUUUUUAGGAACAAAUGGAGCUGGAAAGACCACAACACUUUCUAUGCUAUGCGGGGAAGAAUCUCCUUCUGAUGGGACUGCUUUUAUUUUUGGCAAAGAUAUAUGUUCCCAUCCCAAGGCUGCUCGUAAAUAUAUUGGAUAUUGUCCACAAUUUGAUGCUCUGUUGGAAUUCUUAACUGUCAAAGAGCAUCUUGAGCUCUAUGCUAGAAUAAAAAGUGUUCCAGACUACACAAUCAACAAUGUUGUUAUGGAAAAGCUGGUGGAGUUUGACUUAUUGAAGCAUGCUAAUAAACCAUCAUUUUCACUUAGUGGAGGGAAUAAAAGAAAACUAUCUGUUGCAAUAGCAAUGAUUGGAGAUCCUCCUAUUGUCAUUCUUGAUGAACCAUCCACAGGAAUGGAUCCCAUUGCCAAAAGAUUCAUGUGGGAUGUAAUAUCUAGAAUCUCAACUAGACGAGGAAAGACUGCAGUUAUUCUUACCACCCAUAGCAUGAAUGAAGCUCAAGCCUUGUGUACCAGAAUAGGCAUUAUGGUUGGUGGGCAACUAAGAUGCAUUGGAAGUCCGCAGCAUCUAAAAACAAGAUUUGGCAAUCAUCUAGAACUAGAGUUAAAACCUACUGAAGUGAGCUCUGUGGACUUGCAAACACUCUGCCAAGCUAUUCAGGAAUUGCUUUUUGAUGUCCCUUCUCAACCUAGAAGCUUACUUAAUGACCUUGAAAUUUGCAUUGGAGGUGCUGAUUCUUCCGCCUCAGGAAAUACCUCCAUUGCAGAGAUUAGCUUGACAUCAGAGAUGAUAGGCUUAAUUGGACGCUGGCUUGGCAACGAAGAAAGAGUGAAGACUCUAAUGCGCUGUACACCUGACUGUGAUGGGGCCUCUCAGGAACAGUUAUCCGAACAAUUAUUUCGAGAUGGUGGUAUUCCAUUGCCAGUGUUUUCUGAGUGGUGGUUAUCAAAACAAAAAUUCUCAGAAAUUGACUCAUUUAUUCUCUCUUCAUUUCGUGGAGCAAAAUGCCAGGGAUACAAUGGUUUAAGCAUCAGAUACCAGUUACCUUGUGAUGAGGACUUUUCGCUGGCAGAUGUUUUUGGACUUCUUGAAGCAAACAGAGAUAGGUUAGGGAUAGCAGAGUACAGCCUCAGCCAAUCAACUCUAGAGACUAUAUUUAAUCAUUUUGCAGCUAAUUCAUGAGACGCCCUUAUUCCACCAUUUUCUUUCAUAAAAUGAUGUAUCAAAAUUAUAACACUCUUAACUUCUACAAUUUUACUAGUAGUGAAAUCUAACGGAAGGCCCUGGGUGAGAUUCUAAGUAAGGCCUUGUAUAUUGUAUAGUCAGUUAUUAUAGUAACGUUGAAUUGUAAAUAGAUUCUGAGUUAUAAACUUGUGGCAUUACGGGACUUAUAUAUUCAAUCUUACUGCUUCACCAA